AUGUAAAAAAAUAAAUAUUAUCUCUAUUUAAAAAUAAUCAGAAAAUAAUUUAAAUUUAAAAAAGCAAGCAGUAAUCAAAUUGAACAUUCAUUCAUUCAUUCAGAAAUUUAAUAAUUAAAUUUGAUAAUUAAAAUAGAGGGUAAGAUUUUAAAGUACAUUUAAAGAUUACUUAAAGAUAAAUUAAAAUUUAAAUUUAAAUAGAAAAAAUGGGUAAAAUAUUAAGACAAAGAAUGA